AUGGCGUUGUCGAGAUCCCCCGCGGCUCUGGCCGCAUCUCGUCGCUGCUCCUUGCUCGCCUCUUCCACCAGUGGGACCUCCACUUCGGUACUGACAAGAUCGGGCUCUGAACAUCUGCGUGAUACUCCCCGGCCCUCGUCUCGGUGUAUUACUACUGUAUACCAUCAGGAUCUGCUCAAGCAAACCGUGGCUUCGCAUACGAAACGACAAGAACAUUCCAGCAGCUUCUUCAGCACUAUCGCUCCCCUUGCCGCUAAGAAGAAAGGCAAGAAGAAAGCAGCCUCGCCAUCGUCCAACCCUUCCGACGACAUCGCAGCUUCACGAUACCCUCCUUUACCAGAAGGCUGGCAAGCAGUCGUCGGCGUCGAAUGCCACGUCCAGAUCAAAGACAAGCACAAACUCUUUAGCACCGCACAGCUACCUACAUCUUCCUCUCCACCCAACACCCUCGUCACAGCCUUCGACGCCGCACAUCCUGGCACCUUUCCUACACUCAACCGCUCAGCACUACGGCUUGCUGUUCGCACCGCUCUAGCUCUCAAUUGCCACGUUCAUUCAGAAAGCCGUUUCGACCGUAAACACUACUUCUACUCCGACCUUCCAGCAGGCUAUCAGAUCACCCAAAAGUAUGCACCACUUGCCAGCAAUGGCAAGGUCAAACUUAGCUUCGACGAAGGUCAUCUUCCAUCGCCUGAUGAAGAAUUGGUGGUCGUGAUAGAGCAGUUGCAGUUGGAACAAGACACUGCCAAAUCAAGUUACUUUGACACCGGUAUGACCUCUCGUUUCGACGCUGUCCAGGUGCUCGCUACAGAACAAGCAGAACAAGCGGUCUCCAAGACGACGCUUCAUGAGGCAGAUGAUGAUCGGUUUGCACGAAGCUUUCUUGAUCUCAACCGAGCUGGAGCUGGACUCAUGGAGAUCGUCAGUGGUCCACAGAUGCGUACGCCUGAGCAAGCCGGUGCUUAUGUGCGCAAACUUCAGGAAUUAGUUCGAAGAGUAGGUGCUUCCGACGGAAACAUGCAACAAGGCUCUCUGAGAUGCGAUGUCAACGUCUCGGUCAAUCGUCUUGGCGAACCAUUCGGCACGAGAUGCGAGGUAAAAAACCUAAACAGCGUUCGUUUCAUGAUGAAUGCAAUCUCUUACGAGUCUCAUCGUCAAGUCAAGCUCCUGGAGGAGCAAGGUAGGGUGCAGCAAGAGACAAGAGGUUACAACGAGUCCAAUGGCACCACCUUCAGGCUGAGAGGUAAAGAAGAUGCGCCAGAUUACCGGUACAUGCCUGAUCCCAAUCUUCCCCCCGUCUUACUGUCAGAGCAGCAGAUUAAAGAGGUGAGAGAUGGGCUGCCUGAGCUGCCGGAUGCAAGAAGGGCCAGGUUGACAGAGCAGUUCGCACUGACGUCGAGGGAUCUCAACGUCCUGAUGAGGGUCGGGUCUGAGGACGAAAGGGAUGGUCGUGUUACCGCAAGCAUGCCUCCCAACGAUGGCCAACAGCAGAGCUCGGAUGCAGUGCAGUACUUUGAACGAGUCGCCAACGGCAGAAAUGCACAGACGGCACUCAACUGGAUUCUCCAUGAGCUCAUGAAGGGUCUCAAUGCCCGAAAUCUUCCAUUCAGGGAACACUUCAUGCCUGCUGAAUACCUCGGUCAACUCAUCGAUCUGGUCGAGAAAGGCCAGGUGACAGGCACCACUGCCAAGGCUGUGAUUGCUGAUGUUCUCUCCUCAGCGCAGUCAGCAGAGAAGAGCGGAGCAGAAUCGCCAAUCUCACUAGUGUCGUUGGAGAACAUGGGAAAGACCUCUUCUACGCCAGUGCUGGACUUGCUCAAGCAGAACGAGCUGUUAGCGCUGGCUACGACGCAGGAUCUCUUGCCACUUGUCGAGUCUGCGCUACAGCGUCUUCCUGAUGAAGUGGCGCAGGUCAAGAAGGGAAAUGUCAAGGUAGCGAUGCGGAUUGUAGGACAGGUGAUGAAAGAUGCAAAUGGAAGAGCGGAUGCUAAGCUGGUGCACCAAACCAUUCUCGAACAGCUUGGACAGGCACCUUCAUUGUCAUGA